AUGAUCAGGAGACGCAGUUUAUGCAGGUCCACACUGCCGCUGUUGGGUCAUGGUCAUGGUCAUGGCACAACAGCUAACCAGCAACCGACUGGGAACGGCUCCGUGCUUCCUGCACCCUUCUCUGUAAGCAGCCCAUUCCCGCACCCUCCUCAUGCCUGCCAGCUGCGCCCGCUGUGGGGAGGCGACGAUACACGGUGCGCUUCCGCUGACGACUCGCCAUCCUGGUCUGGGAGCAUCCUCUGCCGCCGCUGUUAUUGA